AUGGAGCUUGUUCCGUCCUUCCCAGGCGCGAGGGAAACGGCUCUCCUCAACGCCGCGCAAAAUGGAGAGCUGGAGCUCGCGAGGGACCUGCUGAGCGAGCAUCCCAACCUCGUCCUCGCUAAGGAGCCCACCACCGGCCGCGUCGCGCUGCACCUCGCCGUCAUCAACGGCCAUGCCGCUGUUGUCCAGUUGCUGCUCGAGAGCGGCGCCAAUGUCGAGGCUGCCGACGGCGCUGGCUGGCGUCCGUUGGCUCUGGCGUCCACCUCAACCGCCAACGCGCAGUCACUGAACAUUGCGAGACUGCUGCUCGAAUAUGGCGCAAACAUCGAGGCCGUCAAUGCGUCGACCCUGCAAUCUGCGCUGCAUCUCUGUGCUGAUGCUGGCCAAUUGGACCUCGCACAGCUCUUUCUGGACAACGGAGCCCAGGUAGACUUUAGAGACAUCGAUGGAUGGACGCCGCUCCUCCGCGCCCUCGUCAUCGGCAGCGUGGACAUGAUUCGCUUGCUGCUCCAGUACGGUGCCGACAAGGAUGUCAGGACAAACGACGGCCACACGGCAGAAGGGCUUGCUCGAAACGGCGAGGCCUUGCGCAUCCUAAAAGCCACGCAACUCUUGCGCGGACCCGACAUAUCGGGCCAAGGCAAACGGCCGCUCAGACGGAGGACCCUCGCACCAGCCGUCCGUGUGCCCCCGCAGCUGGAGGACGUGGACAAGCAGAGUGCUUGUCAUGCUUUCAAAACCAGCGUUGUCGAGUUCUUCAUCGGUGAGACUGAGGAGCGCAUCCACAAGACGGCCUCCGUAUACGACAUGAUAUACGGCAUCGGAGCCAACGCUAUCAUGAGUUCAACACGACUGGGUGUCAUUGAUGCAAAGCCCGCGUUCCGGUGGUACCAUCUGCCAGCCAACAAUGCAGAAUGGGUCCAGGAUCUCGCGAGGCGACAUCUCGCCGAAAGCGGCUCAUCUGUAGGCUUCACAGAUGCAGUCAAGUCUGACCUUGGUAUGAGCCGCGCUCUCGGGGACCAUCACGUCAUGCAGACCACGCAGGGCUGCUUCAACCGGCCACUAUGCCGAGUCACAUCGACGGACCCUAGUAAUGCGACCGCGCGGAUCGCAGCCUUUGUUCCGUACCUGCAUUACGAGACGCAGCGAGGAUUCAGCGCCAUGUCCGAGUCCAUCUCUCGGAUGCUGCCUGUUCGGCGACGCGCCAAAAAGACUGCCAAGUUCAACCUGCCGGAGAGCGACCGUAACGGCGAGCGUGAAGACACGGCAGGCCAUGCCCCUGGGCCGAACCCAAGCGAGAGAACGAGCGCGAACCGGGCACCGGGCAUGGCGAUGUCUCCCGGUGCGUUGCAUGACCUGUUGCUCAAAGGCUACUUAAAGUCGGCACUGGGGGACGUGCCACCGCUACAGGCCCGUCGCACGCUUGACCAGUAUUUCUACACUCACUUGGGUAGCACCGCCAAGAGGGAUGUGGACCAGGUCGUGUUGCGAUACACUUCCAAGUACGCUGGCGUUGAACCGAAGAUCUUCAUGGUUGAUCAGCUGUGGCUAUGGCUGCUGGACGAUGACACCAUCAUUUCUUGCUGCCCGAUGAGAUGGGACUCUUGGACGGUGGACGACACUACAACAGGCACACACCCUACGUCGUGGGAUGACUUCAAGCUGCGAGACGGCGAUCCGCUCAACAUCUACCAGGCUAUUCUCCGCUAUCUACGAGACGUGAGACGACCGUCCAUCACGAGCGCCCGUGACCUGUGUUUCGUCAUAACGUCUUUCUGUCUAGCUGCGUUUGAUCCGCUGGGGACCACAGAAGACUUUCACUUUUUCGAUUUCAUGGAGAGGUCCAUCGGCGACGUCAGCGACCAAACAGCCGAUCGUCUGCGCGAGUUCCGGGAGCUGCUUGAUGCGACGGCCCUGACUGGAGAGUUUCUGUCGGCCGAGGACAUUCGGAUCGAGCAGGAGACGAAGUUGCUGGUCGAGAUAGAGGACAUCCGCGACGAGCUUGGCAUCCUGCGCUCGGUGCUGGGAGAUCAAGAAGGGAUCGUGGACGAGCUGUACCCUCACUUGGGAGUGGAUGCAGCGAGUUACACUGACCACACCGCAACCCAGGGCUUAAGAGGAUUUCGCGUUUUGAAGAGCAAUCUCGCCCGCUUGAACCGCAUGGACAGCCUCACGACGAAAGCAGUACAAUCGCUCCGCACACUUUUGAAGCUGAAACAGCAGCACGCCAGCUUAUCGGAGGCCCAGUCUGCCCGCAGGCAGACAGAGCACAUGGCCAAACAGGCCAGCCUGGCCACGACAUAUAACAGAAGAGUCGCCAACCAGAUCAGCCUGGCACGGCGACAAGCAGAAGAAACGGCCAGACAAGGAAACGUCAUACUACUCUUCACCGUGGUGACAGUUGUCUUUCUCCCUCUAUCGUUCAUCACCUCGUUCUUUACGGUUCCCAUUGCCGCAUUUCCCUACAAUGACAAAGACAAAAUGCCGGUCGGAUUCGUCCUGGCUAUUAUUUGUAAGUUUGCAUGGCCUCGGCGAGAAACCUGCUGA